UGUCAACAUUAACAAACAACCGGCUGCGUUUAGCUGCUAAAAAAACGAGUUAAUAGACGAGUUUAUCAGCAUUUACUGUGACUGUAAACCUUCAGGGACUGGAGACAAGAAGCAGCUGGUUUGUGUGCAGCAGUGAUGACAUGCUGAUGGAGGAUUAACCCCCCCCUACUGAUGGAAACCCAGAGGAAGAGCUCUGUGGAUGACGGCGGCGGAGAGCGAGGCCUGCUCCACACCUGGAGGGGCUACUCGUACAGCAUCACCCCCGACAGGCUGCUCCUCCCCCGGCCCGUCCUGCAGGUCGCUCUGGGCACGCGGCACGGAGUCCUGCUGGUGGAAGGAGGACAGGUGUACAGUUUUGGGGAGUUGCCAUGGAAGCAGAGUCAAGUCCCCGAGGUGGCGAAACCCACCUUGGAGAGCGCCCUCAGUGGCCAGCGUGUGGUCGCCGUGGCAGCCGGGAGCUUCCACAACGGGGCGAUAACGGAGGACGGCGGCGUCCACAUGUGGGGGGACAACGGCGCGGGGCAGUGCGGCCUGUCGGGUCUCACCUCCGUCCCCAACCCGACUCCCGUGGCUCUGCUGGACUCUGACUCCAGCCCUCCGCAGACGGUGCCGGUGCUGGAGCUCGCCUGCGGGGAGCAGCACACUCUGGCGCUGUCGGUGCAGCGGGAUGUUUGGGCGUGGGGGAGCGGCUGCCAGUUGGGACUCAACGUCUCCGUCUUCCCUGUGUGGAAGCCGCAGAAGGUGGAGCACUUAGCUGGCAGGUAUGUGCUCCAGGUGGCGUGCGGGGCCUCGCACAGCCUGGCUCUGGUGCGCUGCCUGGGGCCCCUGGACGUCCACCGGCCCCCUGUGGACAAAUGCGGACAGUGUAACCAGCUGCUGUACACCAUGACAGACAAAGAGGACCACGUCAUCAUCUCUGACAGUCACUACUGCCCGCUCGGCAUGGAGCUGACGGAGGACGAGAGCAGGCUGGAGGCGCCUACUCAGACACAGGGGCUCAAAACGUCCCCGUCAGAGCCGGUCCUCCCCUCCUACACCUCCACCUCAGGACCUGCUAAUAACAGAGACGCCUCCCACACGCAGGACUCAGAGAAAGGACAGUCAUCCUUGACUAACGGAGUGCCGCCCGGCUCAGGCUCAGACUCCGACCCCUCGGCUCAGCCCGCAGAGGGUAGCGGGGGCGCCGUCGCGGGGGUCAAAAACUCGCCGUAUCCAGACGAGCAGGCUGUGAAAGAAUACCUGAGGAAACUGUCGGACACGAGUCAGGCAGAGCACAUGGCUAAAGCUGGGGGGCUUCACUCUCUGCUGCCUUCAACAGGAAGAGAAACAGGCUCGGCGCUCAACAACCUCGUGGCCUCCUGCGCCUCGGCAGUCGGCGAGCGCGUCGCCUCCACCUACGAGGCGUUGUCCCUCAAGAAGAUGAUGAACUUCUACCUCCCCUCAGGAGCAUCGAGGUCAGGUGGGCCGGCCGGGAUCACGGGGGCGGGAGUCGGCGACAACACCACCGAGCGCGUCCGCCAGGAGGAUUCCGUGCAGGCCAAGAAGAGCUCGAGCACGGGAGACAUCCGUGAGGAGGAGGCGGAAGGUCUGAGGCGCCGUCUUUCGCUCCCGGGACUCCUCUCACAGGGUAGAUACGCUGUUCACCUCUUAUCCUCCUCCUAUAACCUGCUGCUGUCCCCGCGGCUGCUGAGGAAAGCCGGUCGUCCCAAGAUGCGCGCCGUGGCUCUCACCCCUUUGGGAGGGGCGGUUCCUGAAGCACAGGAGGUGUUGCCCACCCUGCAGACGGAGGUGUGGAGCUGGGGCCACGGCGAACACGGACAGCUGGGCCACGGAGACAACCUGGACAGAUUACAGCCGCUGUGCAUCAAAAGUCUCAACAAUAAGGAAGUGGUGCGAGUGGCGGCCGGCGCUCAUCACUCCCUCGCUCUGACGGCUCAGUCGCAGGUGUUCUCAUGGGGGAGUAACAGCUCCGGUCAGCUGGGUCACAUGGAGUCGCCCAGCACGGUGCCCCGCCUGGCCAAGCUGUCGGAGGGUAUCCGGGUCUGGGACAUUAGCGCAGGAGAGAGACACACCCUCCUGCUGGCUGAUGGAGACUGCAUCCAGCCCAUCAUUUAUUACAGCGGACAGCAGGUGAAGGAGGGGGCGGAGGAGAACAACGCCAAGGAGACAGCUCAGCGGGAGGAAGAGGAGGAAGGGGAGGAACGAGCGGGGGGUUACACACAACAGCCUGUACUGCUCCCCUUCUGCAUGAAUCUGGGUUAUGUGAGCAGUGUGUACGCAGGCGGCCGGCGGUGCGUGGCGCUCUCCGACAGGAACGUGAUGGGCUUCAUCGCCAGCCUCCACGAGCUUGGAUCAGCCGAGAGGAAGUUCUACUGCAAGCUGUGUAACAUCAAGACGCAGAUAGUACGCCCCCUGCUGGAGCUGGAAUCUCUGAGCUCAGUCCUCGGUCCGGUGCUCCUCGGUCUCCUGCAGACACUAGCAGGUCGAUUCAGCCUCUUGUGUCACCUGACCGGGCAGCACGCCGCCAGCCUCACAUCCAACCUGCGCCGUGGCCGCGAUGUCAAGAGCCUGCUCAUCCUCGACCACGCAGACAUCUUCCUCGACUCCUAUAACGAAUACUGCAUCAUUCUGGGGAACUUCCAGGUGAUGGGAGGCUUCCAGGUCCUGACCAAACCCUCACUAGAUUUCUUUGGGAAGAGUCCCGAGCUGCUGCAGAGGUUGGCAGAGUGCAGCGAGGAGAAUCCCUCCAUGGCCGACCUCCUGGUGGCGCUCUUCAGCCUCCCGACGCGCCACCUGCACGAAUACGGCCGGCUGCUCCUCAAACUGGGCACCUGCUUCGAAGUGUGCUCUGAGGACUACCAGAGGCUACAGGACAACUGCUCCAAGUUUGAAUCUUUGGUCCUUCAGCUGAAGAGAAAAAGAAAGGAAGCAGAGUACACCUUCCACUUCUGGAAGAGUUUCCCCGGCAAGAUGACGGACUCUCUGCGGAAGCCUCACCGCCGGCUCAUCUGUGAGAGCAGCAACAAAGCUCUGACCCUGCAGAACGCCGGCAGGUUCUCCGUCAACUGGUUCAUCCUCUUCAACGACGCUCUGGUCCACGCGCAGUUCUCCACCCAUCAUGUCUUUCCAUUGGCAACGCUGUGGGUGGAGCCGAUCCCAGAGGAGAACACUGGCAUAUAUGGGUUAAAGGUGAUCACACCAGAGGAGACGUUCACCCUGCUGGCCUGCUCUCAAAUGGAGAAGGCUAAGUGGCUUCGCUCCAUCAACCAGGCGGUGGACCAGGCGCUGAACGGAGCGGGGCAGGACACGGCAUCUAUCAGCUCGGGGUCAAGCCAAAAGUUGGAGCCUCCCAUCUCCAGGACGGCCUCGUACACCUUUUACAAGGACGGGCGGCUGAAAGAGGCGAUAUACGACGGCCGCUGGCUGGCCGGAAAACCCAACGGGAGGGGAGUGUUAAAGUGGCCUGAUGGGAGAAUAUACACUGGGACGUUUAAGAACGGACUAGAAGACGGUUUUGGUGAAUUUGUGGCUCCCAAUAAGACGCUGAACAAGAACGAUCAGUAUCAGGGUCACUGGAAGGAUGGAAAGAUGCACGGCUUGGGGACGUACAGGUAUGCCAGCGGCGAGGUUUACGACGGAUCCUUCCAGGACGGCAUGCGGCACGGACACGGCAUGCUGCGCAGCGGCAAGCUCAACUCCUCUUCCCCCAGCGUCUUCAUCGGCCAGUGGAUCCACGACAAGAAGACGGGCUACGGAGUGUUUGACGAUAUCACCAAAGGGGAGAAGUACAUGGGGAUGUGGCAGGAUCAUCUGCGGCAGGGCACCGGGGUCGUCGUCACUCAGUUUGGCCUUUACUACGAGGGGGUCUUCAAAGAUAAUAAAAUGAUGGGCACCGGGAUCCUCCUGUCAGAGGAUGACACCACAUACGAGGGGGAGUUCUCUGAUGAUUGGACCCUCAGUGGAAAGGGUGUGCUGACCAUGGCGAAUGGCGACUACCUGGAGGGCUCCUUCAGCGGUGAAUGGGGCUCCGGCCUAAAGGUGGCGGGCUCCUACUUCAAACCUCAUCUGUUCGACACUGACAAGGAGAAAACCCGCUCUGUGAAGUUGGGGCGUCUGUGUGUGUGUGCGGAGGAUAAGUGGCAUGCCGUGUUUGAGGAGUGUUGGAGUCAGCUGGGCUGCGAGGCGUCGGGCCAAGGAGACACUUUGAAGGCUUGGGAGAACAUCGCCGUGGCUCUCACCACCAGCCGACGACACAUCGAGCUCAGUCCGGAGAUGUUGUCUCGGAGUCACAGCAAAACUCUGGAGAGUUUGGAGGUGAUCCCGCAGCACGUAGGACCCAUCAACAUGGAGAGAUACAACACCAUUCGCCUUUAUCUCAUCAAGGCGUGUGACACCCCGCUGCACCCGCUGGGCCGGCUCGUGGAAACCCUGGUGGCGGUCUACAGGAUGACCUACGUGGGCGUCGGAGCCAACCGUCGACUCCUGCCUCAGGCUGUCAACGAGAUCAAGUCGUACCUCUUCCGCAUCUUCCAGAUCGUCAGGUUUCUGUUCCCAGACCUGCCAGAAGAGGGCGGUGUAAUCCCAGAGCCCACAAUGAACGUCCAGGACAAAACUGAGCCAGGCUCCUCUGAAGCCCCGCUGGAUUCACCAAAGCCAAGCCGUGUGGCGAGCAGCUCGGCUCUGCUGCUUCCCGUCCUGCUCCCUCGUCUCUACCCGCCGCUCUUCACCCUCUACGCUCUGGACAAGGAGAAAGAGGACGACGUUUACUGGGAGUGCGUCCUCCGCCUCAACAAGCAGCCCGACAUGGCUCUGCUCGCCUUCCUGGGCGUCCAGCAGAAGUUCUGGCCUGUUUCCUUCUCCGUCUCCUUGUCUGUGCUGGGAGAGAAGCAGCAGGUUCUCUCCAGCACUAAAGACGCCUGCUUUGCCACCGCAGUGGAAACACUACAGCAGAUCAGCACAACUUUCACCCCGUCUGAUAAGCUGCAGGUGAUCAAGAUCACCUUCGAGGAAAUCACGCAGGAAGUGCAGUCGCUGCUGAAGCAGGACUUCCUGUGGUCCAUGGACGACCUCUUCCCCGUCUUCCUCUACGUGGUGCUGCGUGCUCGAAUUAGAAACCUCGGGUCUGAAGUCAGUCUGAUCGAGGACCUGAUGGACCCCUGCGUCCAGCAUGGAGAGCAUGGGAUCAUGUUCACCACGCUAAAGGCCUGUUACUACCAGAUCCAGCAUGAGAAGGUCCACUAAGGCGGCUGUGUCGAUCUUCCUCUGUUAUCUUCAAGCUGCCGCCCCACCUCUACAUCCUCCUCCUCUUCCUCCUCCACCCCUCCCCCUAAAACAGCCAAUCAGCGGGCCAGGAUCAGCGAGAUCCCUGGAUGACAGAUGUGUGCCGCGGCCAACGGGAGGCGGAGGAUCAUACGGACAGGUUGCAGUCAGCUCCAUCUGCUGCUGCUAUGGAGACGGAAACACCUCCCCCCACCUCCUCUCCUCUGUAACACACACAUACACACUUUGUGGAGCUCUUUAACCUUUCAGCAACCCCCCCUCCGCAGCCUCUUAUCUACAGAUCAUGAAGGUACACAUGUGACAAUACUGCCAGAGAUGAGCCACUUCAUUACCGUCCAGUGUAAACGAUGAUAUAAGCCUACAGAUGUCCUGACGUGGGCGGCGUUGUUACCUGGGAGGGAAUUUAAGCUUCAUACCAGUGUUUUUGUUUUUGUGUGGUUUUUUUUCUAAGUGCCAAUAGGAAUGGUUUAGUUCUCCGGUCUCUCACAGACCUCCGAAGAAAAAAUGACUUUAAAGGCAGCGUGAGAAAAGAUCUAUUUACUCAUCUGAAACUGACGUGACAACACAUGGAGAAACGUGUCGCCUCGUGAACCUGACAAACUUUUUGAUUUGCUGCGACGGACGUUUGUUAACAGCCGGGUUUGAUACUGUAUUUCUAACAAAUCAUGUACAGCAUGAUGCAUCAGGUUAAUGCAAAACUAACCCUAGCUGUUACUCUAAAUGAUGAUGUCUUUAUCUUUCUAACACCAGCUGGCAGCCAAACACAGUUAAAUGUUGUUUUGGGGCUAAAUUAGCCAGCUCUGACUCUCGUUUACAGCUACCCUAAACUUUCCAUUUUAAGAAGUAGCUGCUAGUUUUUUGAAGAUUGCAGCCGAAGAAACGCAAUCUUCAGAUGAGUUGUUGACUUGAAAGCACACAUUCUGACUCUUGCGGUAUUGUAGAAACUUAGCUUCCUUGACUUUAAAAAGAAAACUAUGUUAAAGACGUAAAUCAUAGAUGCUAAAAUAUCAGUUCUCUUUUUCGUGAUGUGUUAAGUGAAAAGUUUAGAGUAAAAAAAAACGGUUUUUGAAAGACAAUCUGAACACUGCUUGUGUGAAAGAUUCAGUAUUAAUGAUUCAUUUCAGCAGAGGAUGCACACAAGUCUGCAAAAGCUGAAAAAGAUAGGAGGGUAAAAAUGGGAUAUUGAGCAUGCAGAAAAGUAAAACAGUAUUAAAACAUAUUUAUUAAACAUCAUCACUGUCCAGAUAUGCUAAGUUAGAUUUUUCCAGGUAAAUGAAGGAAUACAUUCUCCUUUCUGUUGCAAAACUUCUUCUCAAGCUUAAAAAAAAACCCAUUUAAAAACUGUAUUUUUAAAUCAAUCUGGCCAAAAGUUGACAUUUUGGGGUUUUUCUUUACAAUCCUGUCGUUGUAUUAAACUGCAACCCAAUCAUCAGCAUACAUCUUUUAACAGUGUUGAAGGAGAAGAGGAAUUUGAGCUGCAGCUUCUUCCUCAGAGAUAUAUCUUUUUUUUCUCUGCUGCCAUUCCAGUAUAAAGCAGACAACAGAGUUCAGUGCAGAUUAUUUUAAGCAUCAUUUCAGACUCUUAUGAUAUCCUAAAAACCUUCCUGAUACAAAAAACUUCCGGAUUUUCCUUUUUAUUAUUCUCUGUCGGCUUAAUGCAAACAUUGCUAUUAUAGAUCUGAAGCUCACAGCUGGCGCCUCGACACCAUCUGCUAACGCUAACUAUUCUUUUUUUUGCAUUGUUGCUUGUUUCUGAUUUACGUCACACAUGCCAGUUUAUUAUUUUAAAAAAAGAGGAGAAAAAAAGGGCUUAAGAGGGAUUCAGUGGAUGGCCGAGCCUUUUUUCUCUCUCUCUUUUUUUUGAUACCAUAGCUUUUGUUUUCUCUCCAACGGUUUAACAAUAGCAAAGCCAGUGGAUCAGAGUCCUCUAUAUACAGGGAGUAGGUUUAGGUGAAGCUGCUGUUUCUCCGCAGGAUUUAAAAAAUAAAUAAAAUCUGGGCAGAGUUACGAGAAAUUAGUGUCAGACGCUUAGAGGAAAUAUUACAUUUAAAGCUUCUGUUGCUCACUGCAGCAGCUCAGGCUUUUGCUAUUAAACCUUAAAUAAUAUAAGUUAAGUAAAGUACAUUUCCUACAAAAAAAAAAGGUAAAAUCACUGAGUUUAUUAUAUUUAAACUUGUUUUCCCCUCACGUGUGAUUCAGUUAACACCUCAGAAAUUGUUUUAGCUUCAUAUUGCAGCUAAAAGUAGUUUUAAUUUGCACAUUUCACUCACUUUAGAGGGACGCUGAUGACACUCGUCCAUCCCUGAUUAUUAUGUGCCUGACAAUUAAAAAAGAAAGUGAAGCAAUAUAUUGUAUUUCCCAAGAAACAUUCCCAAGAUCAUCUAUUUCUAUUUGAUUUUUUUUGCACCUUUUGUCUUUAUUCUGUUGUGAUUUUUUUGUGAUUCAACUAUAAUUUCACCAUCUCAAGGCUGCCUUUAGUUGCUGCUACCACUUAAAACGAAGGAUAAAAUCAUCUUUUUAGUCCUCGGAACAACUGAUGAAGCCCCUCACAAACCAAACUAAAGCAGAACGCAAUGUUUUAAUGCUUAAAAAAACCCGACUGACUCUUGUUCUUGUGCUGUUUUAAAACUCAAACUGAAUGGUUUCUGUGGUUCUUUAUAAACUGAAGAUAAUGUUGAUAACUGACCGGUUAACUGACUGUACCUCAGCGCCCGUUUAACGACAGAGACGGGCUCAAUUUACUGUGUGAAAGUAACUGUUGUUGUCGAUGGACUCGUUUUGUUUUUCAGCUGGCUGACAUUACACCUGUGUGUCUUUUACAUGAUGUCAGAUGUGUUAUACCUUUUAAAAUAAUAAUAACAAAGGGCAAUAAACU